AUGGUUUAUCUGGAAAAGACUUAUAUUACUGAUAAUACGCUAGAUUAUUUACGGUUGAUUCAGAUACUUCGACUGUUCGACAUUGACAGACAGAUGACAACAUUUCGACUUUUUAAGAAUAUGAUAGUUCUGGGCAAAUGGGAGCUGUUGGCUGCAUAUAACAUUACUUUCAUGGUUUGUCUGACUAUGGUCAACCUCGUCUAUAUUAGUGAAAAUGAAGGAUUUAUAUUACAAAUGCCACAAAACACAUCGGAAAUCACUAGAUCUGAAGCAUUCCCGUCGCUUGCUCACACAUGGUGGUUUACUCUCAUCUCUAUAGAAACUGUAGGAUAUGGCGAUAUCGUUCCCACCAGGGGGAUUACAAGAGUCAUUGUUUGCCUUUUUGGCUACGCAGCUUACUGUACAUUCGUUACUGCCUCGACUCAGAUUUCAGUAGGAUUAACAUUGAUGAUGGAAGAAGACAGCAAAAAGGAAUGUGAAAAUAAGCUACGCAAUACUGCCGCAUCUUUGAUACAGUUCUGGUUUCGUUUUCACCUCGCUGGUGUUGAGGAUAGGAAGAUGACGGAAUAUUUCAGACGUGUCUGCUUCAAACUUUACUUAACCGCCAAACGAGGGCAUCGCAAUCGGCAGCUCAUGACAAAAUUGCGCGAGAAAGUUGAAAGG